UCAAGAAAAUUAAGUGAUGGAAAUAGAAUUGGCAAAGUGUGAUUGUUGUGGAUUGAAAGAAGAGUGUACAAUAGAGUACAUAAGUGAAGUGAAGGAGAAUUUUGAAGGCAAAUGGCUGUGUGGAUUAUGUUCAGAAGCUGUUAGAGAUGAAUUUAAUAGAGGAAAAAAGAAGCAAUAUUUUAUUGAUAUGGAAGAAGCUUUAAAAGCUCACAUGUCAUUUUGCAGAAAAUAUAAGUCUAAUAAUCCUGCUGUUCAUGUAGCUGAUGGUAUGAGGCAAAUGUUAAGAAGAAGGUCAGGUGAUUUGUCAACAAAUUCUUCUUCUAAGAAGUAUACAAUUAGAUCAAUAAGUACAUAACACGUAGGAGAUGUAUCUU